GCGGGCGCGGGUCCGAUGGGGCUGGGGCUGCGCAGCGGGAGCGGGGCGUGGGGCGGAGGAGGAGGAGGACAAGCCGCGGCGCCGGCGAUGAACGACGCGCAUCAGCCCGGAGUGGACCUCGCCAGGCACCCGUCCGGCUUCGUCCCCACACUCCAGAACAUCGUAUCAACAGUCAAUUUGGGCUGCAAGUUGGAUCUGCAACAAAUAGCCAGCGGUGCUCGUAACGCAGAGUACAACCCAAAGCGUUUCGCUGCGGUUAUCGUGAGGAUAAGGGACCCGAAGACAACAGCAUUGGUAUUUGCUUCAGGGAAGAUGGUUUGCACUGGAGCGAAAAGCGAAGAACAUUCGAGGCUUGCUGGGAGGAAGUUUGCGCGCAUUGUCCACAAGCUCGGUUUCCAAUCAGCUCGGUUCAAGGAUUUCAAGAUCCAGAAUAUAGUUGGGUCAUGUGAUGUCAAAUUUCCUAUUCGUCUGGAGGGCCUCGCUUUGGCCAGUGGCACAUUUGCCAAUUAUGAGCCAGAGAUCUUCCCUGGACUGAUCUACCGUAUGGUGGAGCCCAAGAUCGUGAUCCUCAUCUUCGUCUCUGGAAAGAUCGUCCUCACUGGAGCCAAGGUGCGGGAAGAGAUAUACACCGCCUUCGAGAACAUAUACCCGAUGCUCGUGCAGUUCAGGAAACGGCAGCAGUAUAUUAGAUAGGACGCGGUCCGGCCGGCAAAAGGUCGCGAACACCUUUGAUUGGCAUAUGCUUGCGGUAAAUACAAACCACAACUUAUGCUUGAUGCUUCAGCCACUGUACAAGUGAACAUAACACGACCUGGUGCCAGAACCCAGAACUUUGGGCGCGGACUGUCCGCACUAGUUUUUCUAAUACAACUUUUGGAGUUUCAAUAAAUUGGGCGAUUUAGAAUGAGAGGAAUUUACACACUUUUCAGCGAAAAGAGUUGUCAGACUUUGGAUCUCGUUCGAAAGAUUAAAAAAGAGGAGUGACGCUUGGCUGCCUGGCCGGUGUAAAGUUUUUUACGACCUCGUUCAAUUUCCUUUUGUAUGUGUAGUCA